AUGUUGGGUCUUCGACAGCCCGUAACAUCUGAAAUGGUGGGUAAUGCUCUUAAUCUGGUCUAUGGAAACGAUUCAACGAUGUUUUAUAAUAAUAGUGCACAUAAUGUAGAUCAGAGUGGUGCUUCUUAUUUAAGUGGUUCACCACCGUUUUUGACGUACCCUCAAUUUCAUCAAAAACAGUUUCUUACUUCAAAUCAUUAUAAUUUGGGUUAUCACAGUCAAGCCAUGUCUAAUCAAUUAACUCAACAACCACAUGCUACAGUAACAAAUCAAUUAAGUCAGAGUAUGCAGACAUUUAUGAAACCUCAACAAGUAAAUGCCACGUCUGAUAUCGAAGAUAACGGAAGGAAGUAUUCUGAUGAUGAUAUGAGCAAAGAUGGAUUGUCGGGGGAGCGUACGAAUAAGAGGCAGAAAAAAUCUGCUCAGAUGGCUUCAGGAAUAAAUGUGGUUACCAUUCCGGUGUCGACAACUUCUAACUUACCUAGAUUGGAUGUGGAACGAUCGGUAUUACAAGUUAAUACUGGUAUUCAAGGUAGUCAAGACAGAGAUGAAGAUAUAUCUAGCCAUGCUGUUCGUUAUGCGGAGACAAGAUAUGCGUUUCCCCCAUUUAUAGUAGUACUAGAUGGGCAUUCUCAAGUUGAUAAAAUUAAGGACGAGUUAUGUCUGUAUUAUGCGAAUAAGCUUAACAUUAAACUGGAGUUUGAAGGUAUUAAAACUAAUUAUCGUCAAGAAAUGAUAUUCUUUGUUAAAAAUCGUGAAUCAUUCAUCUGCUUGUUUGAUGCAGAAAAAUGGCCGGUGACUCUUGGUGACCUGAAUUAUAAGAAAACGUUACCGCGUCGACUUCCACCACAAUUUUCGUUAGUGAUACAUGAUGUCUCGUUAAGCAAAAAUAUUGACGAACUGUUAAAUGAGAUGCAAUUGGUUUAUCCUGAUAUUGACAAUGCUUUUCGAAUGAAUAAUAAGGAAAAAAAGCCAACAAAGUUAGUACGCAUUGAUAUUAAGAGUGUUAAAACUCUUAAUGAUCUGGUACAAGCUCGAUAUAUGGAAUGUAAACAAGAUUUACCUGUUUGUAAAGUGUGUGGAUUGGCUUUUCAAGAUUUGGAACUACAUCGUGAGAAUGUUGGAUGCUCUGGAGUUAGUAAAUGUGUCAGAGGUCAAGGUUCCCAUGUUUCAAAUGAUGGUAGAUGCCCAUCAAUUAUAUCGUAUCGGGUAGCAUUAACCAAAACUAUGCUGUCAGUAUUUAAAUCAAAUAAACAAAUGAAUCAGUUUAAUCGAAAUGAUAACGAGUUUCCAAAAUUGGGACCAAGUAGCACUGCACCUAAGGUAUGGAAUCAAACACCACAUAAUGAUAAUUUAAACAGUCUGGCACAAAAAGUUAAUAGCAUGGAAAUUUUGAUAGUUAAAAUUGCCGAUAUGCAACAACAAAUUAGUGAACAACAAGUUCUUAUUCAGGAACAGCAACAGAUAAUCCUUCAACAGCAGAGUGAUCAACAAAAAUGUGUUACAUUUUGCAAUAAUGAAAUAAUGAAAAUAAAUAAAAAGCUGGCUAUCAACGAGAUCAAUGUAAAUUUUCACCAAAAUUAUAUAAAUGAUCUUAUUGAACCUAUGUUUCUACGAUUUGUGGAAUUAGCAAGCGCGCUACAACAAACGAAUAUAAUAAAAGAUAAUGUAGUUUGGGUCAAAAUUAAGCAAUUAACUGAUCAUCAUACGAAAUUGCAAGAUCAAUAUAUGGAUAUUAGGUUAGUAGCAGUUUACGCUCCAGAAAGUAAAACGUGGAGAUGGGAAGACCUCUCACCUUUUAUUUCAUCAAAUUGUUGUGUUUUGGGUGACUUCAACGUUGAUAUGGAGGAUUCAAAAGAUAAGGGUGUUGAAAUGCUUAUUGAUUGGGCAGAUAGAUGUUGUUUAGCAGCAGAAAUACCAGAUAUUCCUACCUCCUCAAGGUCAGAGAGGAAAAUAGACUAUGUAUUUGUCAAAGGAAUUCCAGGUGCAGUGCAAACUUGUGAAGUUGGCACUACUAGUGAUCAUCUACCCGUAUUAGUGAUUCUAUCUUGUGAGAGAAGGGAGAGGAGUUUAGAUACUAAAGUCCAUUGGAAAGUUUAUAAUUAUUUUUUGUCAUUUGUGGCUGAUUUCUGGGAAGAGUACUGGAAGAUUUCAUCAGUCGAGGAUGGAUAUUCUCAUUUUGUCUCCUUUUUAUCAUUGUUACAAGCUCGUUGCACUCCCUAUUUUCCUUUGGAUAAAUACCGCGUUGCUUUAUCAACAGAGCUAAGAAAAAAGUUAUUCCAUAUGCGAGCGCUAUCACUUAAAGGUAAAAGAACAGGAGAUUUAAAUAUAAAAAUUAAAGCCAAACAACUUAAGAAAGAGGCCAGAAUUGAACUCCGUUUAUUUUUGUCUAAACAUCUAGAGCGAUCUUUAAAAGAAAGAUUUUCGGAUUCGAAAGUAUCAGUGUCGUUUUGGUCUAAAAUUAAACGCAACUUUAAAGCCUCACCCUCUUUGAAAGGUUUUUCCGAUGAGAACGGAGUAGUGUUUAGGGAAACUGACGAGAUGUUAGAGAGGGUAACAGAUUAUACGAAAAAUUAUUUGAAAAACAAGAGGUAGUUAGAUCUCGCCCCGAGAGUUGUCUGGGAUAAUACUGAUGAUAAUAUACCAUGUAUUACUCUAAAAGAACUUCUUAAAGUCGUUAAAAGUAGGAAAAAGAAAUUGUCUUGCGAUGCUCAAGGAAUUUCGACUUUUAUCUUCCAAUUUUUGCCUACUAUCUAUUGAACUGGCCUUUUGAGAGUUUUCAAUUUGUCAUUGUCAACCUUGGUGGGUCCCUCUUAUUGGAAAACUGUGAGAAUGAAACUACUUGCCAAAAAAGAAUCGAUUUGUUCAGUAGCUGACACUCGCCCGAACUCAUUGUUAGAUGUUUUUUUAAAGGUCUUAGAGCAGUUGUUUUUGGUAAGGUUCAAAAGAUUCUGAAGAAUCGCGGCAUUUUAGAUAAUUCUCAGUCGGGAUUUAGACCAGGUUUUCGUCUUCAAACUAGAGUGCUAUCUAUGCUAGACCAAAUUUAUUCCUAUAUGAGUAAUAGUUCUCCCGUUUGUACUAUUUUUGUUGAUUUUAAGGCAGCUUUUGACCAAUUGUGGUGGAUUGACUGCCUAGGAAAACUGGAUAGCCUGGGUAUUCCUAAAGCGUAUGUCGCGUGGAUUAAGUUUUGGCCUGAAGGACGAGUAGCCUUUAUCGAAAUGAAUGGAACGCGAUCAAGAUAUUUUCAUACUGAAAGAGGGGCUCCCCAAGGAUCAUGCUUCUCUCCUACUCUGUUUAUAACCUAUCAUUCAGACCUAUGGACUUUUCUUAUCAAGAGUUUGCAAAAUAAUUUUGCGGAUGAUUUAGCUGGCGUUGUAGCGGGUAUGAUAGGCGUGAAAUUCACUGCACAAUGUAUUGAUCUGGAAAAAAGGGUUACUGAUUUCUUUCAGCAACUAGAAUUCUAUGCAAACUUAGCUAUACCACCUAUUAACUAUAAAAAGACAGAGUUGUUAUGGUCAGCACGUGCACUGGACAAGCCUAAAUUUGACAUAUUAUGUGAUGGUUAUAAAAUUAAUUGGAGUAAUAUCUUUAAGUACUUAGGGUAUUGGGUUAUAACAAGAUUAGGUUGGGGUUGCAUGAUUGCUAAGACUAAAGCUAAGAUUAGGAAACAGAUGGCUAUAAUUGGUUCCUGUCGUGUCUUUGGUUCGACGAGUAACUAUUUUAGGCGUGUCUUAUUCACUACGUUUGUUCUCCCUAUAUUUACGUGGCUU